CCUGUUACCGCAAACUGAUCUUUUAGUCUUUUUAUAAUGGCUAACUUUUCUGUUUAUACUCUUGAAUGUCAAGACAGAAGAAAAGUGAUCAUCAGUCAACCGCAUUAACCUUUCUUUUGGUUGUGGAAACAACAAUUCCCUUGAACCCCAACUUGUACAACAACUCAAAUUGAAUUUGCAUAAAUCCCCUUUCAGCAAUCAGCUGACUGGACUGCUCCUCAAAAGAGCGUAAUUCCCCAACAAAUGGCAGGUGACUUUGUAUAGCUGGACAAGUGUACUGUCCAACUUACUUGAGCCCACAAAAAACAAAACACAAGAAAACACACUACCCAAGCUUCCUUGGGCCUGGUUUCCAUGUCCUCUACUCAAUUUGUCUUUUUCUUAAAAAAAAACCCUGUUCCAUAAUUCCAUUCUUUAUAGCAUUCAUUAAGAAGUCCCACAAGAUUCUCUCUCUCUCUCCUUUUUUUUUUUUUCUUUCUGUUCAUGCGUGAGAGACCAGGUAAUCAUUGUAUCUUAUCUAACCAGUAACAUCCAUAAUAGCAAAUCAUCAACCCCCUCGACUGAUUUCUGUUCCACUUCGCAGUACUUGUAAUUUCAUUUAUGAUGGCUGCUGACCUACACAAGUGUGAGCUAUUGCUCCCUUCUGAUCAGUUUUUCACUCCUCAAGGUCGCCUGGAUGGUCUUUCACUGGACAACAGCAGCAGCAACAACAUCAACAAAGCCAUCAACCAAAAAGCGUCUUACUUAUUUGGCUCAUCUGAUUCCGGGUCCGAGUUGAGUUCACCUAUUGGUUCUGAGAAGACUUCAAGCUCAACAGGGAGCAGUGAAGAGGAAGACGAUUACAAUAGGCAGUUGACUCGCCAGAUGGCUCAAUACAUGCUUCAAGAUGAAGACAAACAUGAAAAGGCCUCGGGUUUGUCUGGUUCACUGGAAUCAACACACUGGUCACAGCUUCGGUCGAACCUUGAUAGUCCUGCUGGCCCAUCUAGGGAGCCAUCUCCUCCAUUGACACCUAUGAUUGGGAAUUUUGAAAAGCUGAAGAAAAAUGAAGAAACAGCAAGAUAUAACCAAGGUGAAAGAUUUACAAGUGCAUCCACCUCAAUCCAAGUAUCCAGGAGAAACCCGAAAGCUGGAUUUCAAUCAAAGCAAGUCCUGAUUGAUGAUCGAAUAAGAGCUAUUCAAUUUUACAGGCUUAAGCAAGAGCAAGCCAUGAAGCAAAUGGAACAAAAGCCAAGGGUUAAGAAUUAUCAGAGCAAAGGGAGAGUCUUUGGUGGGUUUAAAGAUGGUCAAAAAGUUUCCCCUAACUCUAAUAAUCCCUGGUAUAAUCUCCAGCAGCAGCAGCAACAACAACAACAAAGCAACCAACAAGCUGGUUCUGAUAUGAGGGCGGUUUUCCUUAAUGCAUCUGGUUCAAGAAAUGGUUCCUGUGGAACCGGUGUGUUCUUGCCUCGUGGAAUAGGAGCUUGUUGCGAGUCACGCAAGAAACAAGGAUGUGCCACGGUUCUGAUUCCUGCAAGAGUAGUUCAGGCCCUGAAGCUCCACUUCGAGAAAACAGGUGUCCCAUCAAGGUUCAGUAAUGGUUUCCCUCUUGAACACGAUGCUUCUGCGAGUGGGAGGAAUCGCAUGUAUUCACAGCAAAACCGCCAGUCCAGGACGGUGCCGGCUAUGAACCAUCAAGAAAUAGGUCUACCUCAAGAAUGGACAUAUUAAAAUAAGAACCCUCUCAAGCAACAUGGUUGUUUCUCACUUCGAAUUCUUCAUUUACGCUAAAUGAAGGGAACAAAACAAGUUCAAGCCAAUGAAUAAAGAGGAAGAAAAAAGACAGACAAUGGUCAAAUAUAGGGAAUCUAUCUACAGAAAAUAAGACAGAUUAAUACUAUCAAGGUUAAGAAUAUGUAUUUUUUUUCCUUUUUUCUUCCAAUUUUAGGGGUUAAGUUAGAUGGGCAAAAAUAAAAUAAUGAAAAACAUUGGUACACUUAUUGUUCCUUCCUCUGGCUGGCUUGUAAGCUUAUUAUUGAGGAUGUAUUUUGUAAAAUCCUUGUAAUAAAAUCAGCUAUCAGCAA